AGAAGCUGCAUGAAUAAUCAUGACUGUAUUGCGGCUGCUGGGCUGGUUCCUCUGAGAGCUUCUCAUAUGGAUCUGAUUUUCUGUGCCAAGCUUUGUUCUCCUCACAACAAGGCUGUUAUAUAACAGUGACGUCAUAAUGUAGUCCUCACAUGUCAAACUGUCUCUUAUAUAAAGUUAAAACACAGAGGAGAGCCCAGAGAGGCUGUUUACAGGGAUCUGAAGCUGGGUGGCUGGUCAGAGCAGCCUCCUCCCACCAUGGAGGCAGGAAGGAAGGACUGCGAGGAGGAGACUCUGCAGACGGCGUUCAAGAAGCUGAGGGUCGACGCUGAGAGUUUACCUGGAGCUGUGAGCGUGUCCGAGGCGUUAACUCCAAGAGCGCCAUCCCGAGCUUGUCCUGACUCGAGCGGAGCGAAGCCCAAACUGAGCUGCCCGAAGGACAACUGGCACGGUUCGAUGAGGAAAUCUUCUCGAGGAGCGUCCAGAACUCAGAGACGUCGAAGGUCCAAGUCCCCGAUCCUGCAGCCUCCCAAGUUCACCUACUGCAGCAGCGCCGCCUCGUCCACGCUGUCGCCCCCUAGUGGCUGCCUGAAGCACCAGCGCCUGACGGUCCCUGAGCCGGUGGAGCCUCGACCUGCAGCUGACACGGGAGCGGCGUCCUCUUUGCCCGUCCCCGCUCAGAAAGAGCUCGCUCCUUCAGGGGCGCCGGGUCACAUCUCCCCUCUGCUGUUUGGAUCGUGUGCGGGCUUUGACACACCAGAGAUCCCCGUGGUUAUUUCUACUGUCGUGACGUCAUCGAGGCAGGACGGAGGGAGCUCUGCGGAGUCGAGCGAGGAGAGUGGCCCGGGGGAAAGUGCCUGUGAAGGGGCGGAGUCUGCAGCCAAAUCCAGACCCAAAGAGGCCGCCGACUUCAGAGCGUUAUCGGAGCUCCACAGCAGUGGCGCCGCGGACGCCCCCCUCGUUUCCUGCUCCUGCACUUUGACGAAAAGCUCCGCCUCCGGGGAGGAGAGAGGACAGGGGGCGGAGCCUCAGUGCCACUGUCAGUCCAAUCAGGGCUGGGCCGGUGUGGAGGUGUACUCCUUCACCGGGCUCCGCAACGUCAUCUCCGAGUGCGAGAGGAGCCUGCCGGGCCACGCCGACGCCACCGCCACCAGAACUCUCAGCACCAACAGCAACGCCGCCACGGCUUCGUCACCUUCGUCGACUUCAUCGGGCUCGCCUCGCUCGUGUUCGGAGCAGGCGCGCGCCUACGUGGACGACAUCACGAUAGAGGACCUUUCUGGCUACAUGGAGUAUUAUCUGUACAUGCCCAAGAAGAUGUCACACAUGGCCGAGAUGAUGUACACUUAAAGAGAAAUAUUUAAUAUGACCAAGAGAAGGGUGAAGGCGGCGUGCGAUGAAAGGCCUUAUGGGUAGCAGAACGGAUCAGGCAUGAAAGUCGUGAUUUAAAGAUGCAGCAUUAACUGAUUUGAACCUGUUUCUCCCGCCCUCUGUUUGCCCCCCCCCCCCCCCUUUGUGCUUUGUUUCGAUCUUUGUUUUCCAGUUUACAGAUGACGCUGCCAAAGCGCUCGCUGCAGGCUCUCGCAGAAGGACAUUAAAGUAGAAAUAUAUGCAAACGUGUAACGCCGAGUGUUUGUGUCUGGAUUUCAUUUCACUCAAUAAACAAACAAACUG